AUGUUUUAUCGUUCGUUAUUUCCUUAUGAUGCAUAUUUUAGAUGGCUUAAUUAUGGCACUACACCGAGUCAAAACUUCACUCACCGAGAAUUUAGCUUUACAUUAAAUAAUGAUCGUUACUUGCGUUUUAACUCAUACGAUAAUCAAGAAAGCUUGAGAAAGGAUAUUGAAAGAUUUCAACCUGUGAAAAUCGAUAUAGGAGCCAUCUAUGCAGUGCGGCCCAGAGAUAAGGCUACAGUUAGUGAAUUAUCCUUUAAAGCACAUGCAAAGGAAUUUGUGAUCGAUAUUGAUUUAACGGAUUACGAUGAAAUACGUACAUGCUGUAGUGGUGGCGAUAUUUGUAACAAAUGUUGGCAGUAUGCGGCGAUAGGCAUGGAUAUCAUACAUACCGAAUUAAAAGAGCAGUUUGGGUUCGAACAUAUUUUAUGGGUAUAUUCUGGUCGUCGUGGUGUACAUUGUUGGGUAUGCGACGAAAGUGCACGUAAUUUGGAUGAUAGCGGAAGAAAAGCAAUUAUUGGUGCUUUAGAAGUUGUUCGAGGCGGUGUCAAUGCAGGUCGCAAAGUAAGAAUACAAAUACCAAUAUGGCCUUCACUUGAACGCUCUUUUAAUAUAUUGGAUAAGUAUUUUGAAAGUGUUCUGCUGGACGACAUGCAAAUUUUAAGUAACCCUUCGACUUCGAAAGCAAUAUUGGACCUUGUUCGCUUUCCCGAUGUAAAAGAUAAAAUCCAGGACAAAUGGAUUGAGAAAGAUCGAGUAUGGACAUCUAAAGAGAAAUGGGAAUAUCUAGUGAGCGAAGUGGGCAAAAUGGAAAGAAAAAAAAGAUUCCGAGAAGACUGUGCGAUGGAGAUCAAGUUUCAACAUUGCUAUCCAAGGCUGGAUACAAAAGUAUCUACAGAUAUCAAACAUUUGCUGAAAAGCCCAUUCUGCGUUCAUCCAAAAACACUUAAAGUAUGUGUCCCUAUUCGACCAAGCGAGUUUCACACAUUUGAUCCAUUAUCAGCACCUGACAUGAUAACACUUAGAAAAGAGCUUAUGGCUUAUAACAAGGAGCACCCAACAUCACCAGGGAAUUAUACCAACACAUCUUUGGCACCCUAUAUCAGUUAUUUUGAAGAAUUUCUCUCAAAGUUCUAA